AUGGAUGAACGGCAAAUGUUCAUGUCAUCAUCGGCACCAUUUUACGUGCCUUCACUUUUUCCGAGCCCGUCAGGCUCGGCUCAUGUUCUCGAUCAAUUGGAGUUGCCCGGUUUGAACAUUAGUUCAGGUUCGACUAGUGGGCUUAUUGGUGAUCGGGGGACAAUGCUGCCGGAAAAUUCGUCGGAAAAUGUUGUCGCGGAAAAUAUCGGCAAGAACAAAAGAAGAAAUGUUUCUAAAAGCACGAAGCCGAGUGUGCCGCGGUUCGUGUUUCAAACGAGGAGCGAAGAGGACGUGCUUGAUGAUGGUUAUCGAUGGAGAAAGUACGGACAAAAAUCUGUUAAGAAUAGCAAGUUCCCCAGAAGCUAUUACCGGUGCACUCACCCGAUGUGCAACGUUAAGAAACAAGUUCAGAGGCUAAGUAACGACAGUGGUACGGUUACAACAACGUACGAAGGAGUUCACAAUCAUCCGUGCGAGAAGAUCAUGCAAACACUAACCCCACUUUUACAACAGAUUCACCUCCUCACCACAGCUAAUCCUAAUCCUAAUCCUAAUCUUGAGUUGUAA